AUGUCUUUCAGAGCUGCUGCCCGGAUUGCCAGAACCGCCGCCAUCAAGCCCGUGAUGGCCCCCAGAGCCAUGACCACCCUCGCCAGAGCCGUGGCCACCAAGCCUGCCGCCGUCAACUUCGUCGCCACCAGAGGUGUCAAGACCAUCAACUUUGGUGGUACCAACGAAGUCGUCCACGAAAGAUCGGACUGGCCCCAAGAAAAGUUGUUGGACUACUUCAAGAACGACACCCUCGCCAUGAUUGGUUACGGGUCGCAAGGUUACGGCCAAGGUCUCAACUUGAGAGACAACGGCCUCAACGUCAUUGUCGGUGUGAGAAAGGACGGUGCCUCGUGGAAGGCCGCCAUUGAAGACGGGUGGGUUCCCGGCGAAAACUUGUUCGACGUCAACGAAGCCAUCUCCAAGGGUACCAUCAUCAUGAACUUGUUGUCGGACGCCGCCCAAUCGGAAACCUGGGAAUCGAUCAAGCCCCAAUUGACCGAAGGCAAGACCUUGUACUUUGCCCACGGUUUCUCCCCCGUGUUCAAGGAAUUGACCAAGGUCGAACCUCCUAAGAACAUCGACGUCAUCUUGGUUGCCCCCAAGGGUUCGGGUAGAACCGUGCGUUCGUUGUUCAAGGAAGGCCGUGGUAUCAACUCGUCGUACGCCGUGUGGAACGACGUCACCGGCAAGGCUGAAGAAAAGGCCAUUGCCCUCGCCGUCGCUGUCGGUUCCGGUUACGUGUACCAGACCACUUUCGAACGUGAAGUCAACUCCGACUUGUACGGGGAAAGAGGGUGCUUGAUGGGGGGUAUCCACGGGAUGUUCCUCGCCCAAUACGAAGUGUUGAGAGAAAACGGCCACACCCCCUCGGAAGCGUUCAACGAAACCGUUGAGGAAGCCACCCAAUCGUUGUACCCUUUGAUCGGUAAGUACGGCAUGGACUACAUGUACGACGCCUGCUCGACCACCGCCAGAAGAGGUGCCCUCGACUGGUACCCCGUGUUCAAGGACGCGUUGAAGCCCGUGUUCGAAGACUUGUACCAAUCGGUUAAGACCGGUAAGGAAACCCAGAGAUCGCUCGACUUCAACUCGCAAGCCGACUACAGAGACAAGUUGGAAAAGGAAUUGCAAACGAUCAGAGACAUGGAAAUCUGGAGAGUGGGCAAGGAAGUGAGAAAGUUGAGACCCGAAAACAACUAG